AUGCCUGUGCCAGUGGGACACGGUAUGAGCGGCCCGUCGACCUUCGACAAACUCAAAAUGGGAGCCAUGAUGGGCGGGUCUGUGGGACUGAUCAUCGGAUUCAUAUUUGGCGCUACAAACAUCAUAAGAUUCGGCCCAGGGCCCAACGGGAUGCUACGAACACUAGGGCAAUACAUGGUGGGGUCUGCCGCUACGUUUGGUUUCUUCAUGGGCAUCGGCACGACUAUCCGGACAGACUCGCCUAUUGCGAAGGAGGCAAUGGCUGGAUAUCACAGGAGGCCGAUGAUGAUGCCGCGACAAUACAUCCGAAGAGUAAACCCCGAGAGCAACUAG